AUGUCACCGAGUCGGAAAGCCGGUUCCAAUCACAAGCUUCCACCAUCUAAGAGAUUGAAGAUGGAAGCUGACUCGCUUGACAAAUUCAAUGAGGACAUGAACUCCAACUCAGAUUCAGAAUCCGAUCUAGCCGAUGGCUCAGAAUCCUCCUCCAAUAAGCUUCAGCAAAGGCAGCAUCAAUUGGCCAAAAAUGAUCUUUAUUUGGAGACGGUCAACCGAAAUGUACUUGAUUUUGAUUCUGAGAAGGUGUGUUCUGUAUCUCUCUCUGAUUCUAACGUUUACGGUUGUCUUACAUGCAACAGGUACUUGAGAGGUAGAUCUAGAAACUCGGAAUGCUUCCAGCAUUCUAUCAACGAGGACCAUCAUGUGUUCAUCAGCUUCAGUACAUUAAAGUUUUAUGUCCUCCCAGAGAAUUAUGAGUUAGAUCAAAAGUCUGCAUUAUUGUUGAAAGAUAUUCAAUUGCUUGUCAAUCCUACAUUCACUAGGACUGAAGUUGAUAAGCUAGAUUCUCAACAGACUAUGGGUUUCGAUCUUAAUGAGAAUUUAUAUCAUCCCGGUUUUAUUGGCCUUGUCAAUUUUGCUGCUAAUGAUUAUUCCAAUGUUGUUGUCCAAGCUUUAGCACAUGUUUCUUUAUUAAGAGACUAUUUGAUUCUUCAUUAUGAAGAUUUACGAUCUUUAGAUCUUUCUAGACGAUUAUCAUUAUUGAUUCGGAAAUUGUGGUCAUCACAUUUAUUUAAGCCACAUGUCUCUUCCGAAGAAGUAGUUCAGUAUGUCUCCAGAAAAUCGAACAAAAAAUUUGAUAUUCAAGUUAGGGGAUCACCCAAGGAUUUCCUAGUAUGGAUGCUCAAUCACAUGAACCAUGAAUUCACUAAAGAACUUAGUGACAAUAUAAUAUGGAAGAUAUUUCAAGGAAAGCUUCUAGUUGAAGGGAGGAGGACAAAAUUUUGGGUUCUCCCGCUCAGUUUACCUUCGGUAACCCUUUUCAAAGACGGUAUGGCCAUGGAUGUGCCUCAAACUACGUUGGAAGAACUUAUAUCUAAGAAAAAGGUUCAAUUCUUGCACACCCCUAAAAUUCUCGUCUUAAGCAUUAAUAGGGUUGAUGAUUCUAGAAAACUCGUUGGUGUACGAAACUCUGAUUUGAACCCUACAGUAGUGAGGUUUGACCCAGAAAGCCUCAAGAUAGAUGAAAUGAAAUACAGGUUGGUAGCUAAUGUAGUCUAUGAUACUACUGCUGAAAAUCCAAUUGAAAAAGACGUCAAGCUUACAACAGCAAAUUCAAUGCAAAACGAGAUUCAUUACAAGGUACAAUUACGUGAUCCUGCAAGACACGAAUGGCUAGAAAUCAACGAUCUACAAAGCCGACCUAUAGAAAAAGAUUUGCUUUUCUUGGCAUAUACUUGUCUCCAAUUCUGGGAGGCCAUCUAA